AUGCGGUUGGGUUGCGUUAGAUUAACAGACCAAGAUCUCAUAAAGUUUCUUCAAAAAUGGAUUUCAAACGAAGCCUAUCAUAAUCUGGAGACUCUCUCCAUGUUUAUAAUGAAUGACAUAAAUGCUGUUCUGAUACGUCAGUCAGUCGAAUUUGAGGAAUACGAUCCGAAUGAACCAGAGAAGAGACCAAGGGAGUACGUUCUUGAUAUACCGUAUGAUGGUUUGUUCUACGAGAAGUAUCUUAUCAGAGAUCAAAAGUUUGUCGAAAUAAAACGAAUUACAGACGGAAAAAGAGCGUUUCUCGAUGUCGGUGAUAAUCUUUUCAAUUUUUUAGUUCUCAAAAACUGA